AUGUUGCUAUCCCGUGUCAAGGCCCUCUCUCUCCUGGCUUUGGCCUGGCUCGAUGGAGUCAGCGCCAGGGCCAUUGGGCGGGACUUGAAGCUUCUCAAUGGGAGACAGCAGGACAUUGUUACCUGGGAUGACAAGAGCUUGUUCAUCAACGGCGAGAGACUGAUGAUCUUCAGCGCCGAGUUCCAUGCUUUCAGAAUGCCCGUCACGUCCCUCUGGCUCGACAUCCUGCAGAAGAUCAAGGCAGCCGGAUACAACUCGGUCUCCUUUUACGUGAACUGGGGCUUGAUCGAGGCGAAGCCGGGCGAGGUCCGGGCCGAGGGCAUCUUUGCUCUCGAGCCGCUUUUUGAAGCCGCCGAGAAGGCUGGUAUCUAUCUCUUCGCUCGCCCGGGGCCCUACAUCAACGCCGAGGUCACAGGAGGCGGCCUCCCAGGCUGGCUGCAACGCGUCCAGGGAGCUCUUAGAAGCGGCGACGAGGCCUACUUGAAGGCCAGCGACAACUACACGGCCGCUCUCGGCGGCAUCAUCGCCAAAGCCCAGAUCACCAACGGCGGCCCCGUCAUCCUCUUCCAGAUGGAAAAUGAGUACAACGCCGCCGUGCCCCCCUACCCGUUCCCGGACUACGACUACUGGCGGUACGUCGACAACCAGUUCCGCAGCCAGGGCGUCGUGGUGCCGUACGUCAACAACGAGGCCUGGCAGCUCGGGGCCAUCACGGCGCUGACGCCGGCCAAGGUCGACAUCUACGGCCACGACUCGUACCCGCUCGGUUUCGACUGCUGGAACCCGACGGUGUGGCCCCCGAACGGCCUGCCGACGGACUGGCUCGCCACCAACGACCGCAUCGCGCCGACUUCACCCUACACCAUUGUCGAGUUCCAAGGCGGUGGCUUCCAGCCAUGGGGCGGCGCCGGCUUCGAGUCCUGCGCAGCCCUCUUGAACCACGAGUUUGAGCGUGUUCUCUUCAAGAACAACUACGCCGUCGGCACCACUAUCUUCAACGUCUACAUGACCUGGGGCGGCACCAACUGGGGCAACCUCGGCCACUCGGACGGCUACACGUCGUACGACUACGGCGCGCAGAUCACCGAGGAGCGCCUCGUCCACCGCGAGAAGUACAGCGAGACGAAGCUGCAGUCCAACUUCCUCCACGUGUCGCCGGCCUACCUCGAGGCCGACCGGUACAACUCGUCGCUCGAGUGGACGAACAACGCCGCCAUCACGGUGACGCCGGCCACGACCAACUCGACCAAGUUUUACAUCGCGAGACACACCCAGUACGACUCCCUCGAGACCGUCGCCUACAAACUCAAGGUCAAGACCGUCAGCCACGGCGACCUCGAGGUGCCCCAGCUCAGCGACAGCCUGUACCUGACGCGGAGAGACUCCAAGAUCCACGUCAGCGACUACGCCGUUGGCGACAAGAACCUGGUCUACUCGACUGCCGAGAUCUUUACCUGGAAGAAGUACGCCGACAAGACCGUCCUCGUCGUCUACGGCGGUGCCGAUGAGCACCACGAGCUCGCCGUCGAGGGCGAGCAGGCCGACGUGACGGACGAGAACGUCAUCGAGGGCUCCGACGUCACCAUCGAGCAGAGGGACGGCUACACCGUCCUCGGAUGGGCCGUCUCGGACGAGCGCAAGGUCGUCCGUGUCCACGAGGAUCUCUACGUCUACCUUCUGACCCGCAACGAGGCCUACAACUUCUGGGUGCCCCCCGCAGUCGGCGACUUCGCCACCUCGGACGUCAUCGUCAAGGCCGGCUACCUCGUCCGCAACGUCGCCGUCACCACCGACUCCCUCAGCUUCUCGGGCGACGUCAACAGCACCACCACCAUCGAAGUCAUCGGCGGCGCCCCGAACCCCCUCAAGGCCCUCAACUUCAACGGCAAGUCCCUCGACUUCAAGCAGAACGAGCACGGAGUUGUGACGGCGACCGUCGCUUUCGCCGUGCCCGAGAUCAAGCUCCCCUGCCUCGGCCAGGCGGGGUGGAAGUACAUCGACAGCCUGCCCGAGAUCAAGCCGGACUACUCGGACGACCUCUGGACCGACGCCGACCUCGAGAAGACGUUCAACACGGCCAACCCGCUCAAGACCCCGACCAGCCUCUACGGCGGCGACUACGGCUACCACACGGGAUCGCUGCUCUUCCGCGGCCGCUUCACCGCCAACGGCGACGAGUCCACCCUGGACAUCACCACCCAGGGAGGCAACGCCUACGGCGCCUCCGUCUGGCUCGGUGACGAGUUCGUCGGCUCCUGGGUCGGCAACGCCGUCUCCCCGGCCCGCAACAGCACCUUCACCCUCCCCAAGCUGACCAAGGACAAGGAAUACGUCUUCACCGUCGUCGUCGACAACAUGGGCCUCAACGGCAACUGGGUCGUCGGCGAGGAGCAGCAGAAGAACCCGCGCGGCAUCCUCAACUACGCGCUCGCGGGCCACGAGCAGGCCGACGUCAAGUGGAAGAUCACGGGCAACCUCGGCGGCGAGGACUACGCCGACCGGGACCGCGGCCCGCUCAACGAGGGCGGCCUCUUCGUCGAGCGCCAGGGCUACCACUGGCCCUCGCCGCCCUCGGGGUCCUGGGCGGACAGCAGCGGGCCGACGGCCGGCAUCGACAGGGCCGGCAUCGCGUACUACUCGACGACCUUUGACCUCGACCUCCCCGCGGGCUUCGACAUCCCGCUGUCGCUGACGUUCGCCAACACGACGGCCUCGGCCUACCGCGCCCAGGUCUUCGUCAACGGGUACCAGUACGGCAAGUUCGUGCACCACGUCGGCCCGCAGACGCGCUUCCCCGUGCCCGAGGGCGUCCUCAACUACCGCGGCUCCAACCACCUCGGCAUCACCCUCUGGGCCAUGGAGGCCGGCGGCGCCAAGAUCGAGGGCUUGAAGUGGGAGGUUGGCAUGGUCAGCGCCUCGGGCUUCGGCGAGGUCGAGCCCGCGCCGCAGCCCAAGUGGGCGGAGAGAAAGGGGGCCUACUGA